UCCGACAUGCGUGUAUAAAAACGCACAUAUGUUCUCUUUUCUUGUCUCUACUACUCAUUUCUUUGUCUAUAUCUUUUCUUGCAUGUACGUCACAACAUUAACGUUGGCUCUAUCAAUCACUACUUCUCGCCGGAGCCUAAUCUACGCUCAAAGAUUCUUCUACCAUACCACCAUAUUUCUAUCAUCUUUCACUCUAAUCACUCGCCAUAUUCAUUCAUUUCACUUGUCGCGGCUGCUCCGAAUCUGACUCGGUAUAUCUCAUUUUUACGAGAUUCACUGCCCAACUGAUCAAGGCCUCGUUAAUUCUAUCCCGUAUAGAUCACUCAUUGAAGGCUGAGAAGAGGAGGAGUGAAAGAACAAGGUGAAGGCUAAUAAAGAAGCUAAUUAUUACUUGUGUUUUUAGGUGUGAAAAACAGGGGAAAUAAAGAUGCUGACAUGUAUAACGUGUUCAAAGCAAGCAACAGAGGACGGAGAAGAAGAAGGUGCUCCUCCGCGUGGGACACCUAGUACUAAAGAAGCCGUCAAAAGCCUGACUGCCCAGAUCAAGGAUAUAGCAGUGAAAUUUUCUGGUGCUUAUAAACAAUGCAAGCCUUGCACAGGCUCCCCCACCUUCAAGAAAGGACAGAGAGGCUACCCUGAAUUUGAUACCAGUUCAGAAGGAGUACCGUACCCUAGCAGGCAACCAGAAAGCUCAAGCUCUACUCCUGCUUGGGAUUUUACAAGAACCGGAAACCAUCAAGCCAGUAGAGCUGACUCAAGGUUUGCUAGGCCUGGAGGAUCAUCAUCUGUAUCGACUCAGUCUGCUGAAGUACCUGUGAAGAAUGAAGAUGAGCCUGGAGAGUGGAUGGCACAGGUGGAGCCUGGUGUCCAAAUCACAUUUGUGUCUCUUCCUAAUGGUGGGAAUGAUCUUAAACGGAUUCGCUUUAGCCGGGAGAUGUUUAACAAGUGGCAAGCUCAACGAUGGUGGGGUGAAAAUUAUGAUCGAAUUAUGGAGCUCUACAACGUUCAGAGAUUUAAUAAGCAAGCACUUGGCACUCCAGGGUCCGAGGAUGCGAGAGAUUCUUCUUACUCCAGGCUAGGAUUAGUUAAGGAAAGCCCUGUGACUCCAUCACUUAACAAAGACUGGACUCCAAAAGACCAUUAUAAAGCUUCUAGUAGUAGAGCUUAUUUUCCUGCAGACUCUCCAGAUCAAGGUGGCAACCAGCAAUACAAUGUCAGUUCUAAUGUUUAUGCUACUGGUGGUCCAAAAUGCGAGGCAUCCUCUGUGGAAGCAUCAAGGACGACCACCUCCUCUAGAGAUGAGGCAUCCGUUUCUAUUAGCAAUGCUAGUGAUGUAGAAUCAGAGUGGGUGGAACAAGAUGAGACUGGAGUUUACAUAACUAUCAGACAACUAGCAGAUGGGACUAGAGAGCUUCGACGUGUCAGAUUCAGCCGGGAGAAGUUUGGAGAGGUUGAUGCAAAACUUUGGUGGGAACAAAACCGGGAGAGAAUACAAGAUCAAUACCUCUAGACUAAUCUUGUUGGCGCAUGGAAGUGAAGUAGUUUUUCGAGCUUUGCCAUUUACCUGCAAUGGCGACUUGGCCAUCUUAAACAAUAGGAUGCGUUGGUGAUUCCAGUUCUAGGUGUUGGAAUUCUGGAUCAAAUGUAGCAGUAACAUAUAUUAUAACUUAUGGAAUCAUUUUAGUUUAUGUCAAAUUUUUUUUUUGAAAGUUUUGCAAGCUAGAGCAUGAUUCUACUUGUCUGAUCUCGUUGAAGACUAGUACACUUGGCAAAAACACAACAAAACAAAAUAGUAUGUUGCA